AUGGAUCAGACCUGGUGGCUUCCACAACAACGAGUUGGUACGCCUGCACUCGACAUCUACGUGGUGCAGACACCCAGCGACAGCGGUGGUGAGCGAUACUACAUCUCCAACGACCAGUUCCACUGCAACGUGCGUGUUUGCAAUGUGUCCAUUUCUGAGCACCCUGCUGCAGAGCGGUACUGGCUCAACACCGAGCUGACAUCGUUUUAUGAAGCGUAUGGUGACGACUGGAACGUCACUGUGCGGCCCCACCGCUGGGAAGCGAGACAUGGCAACGGCUUCGAGCCCACGGACGUGAGCCGCCUGAGGCCAGGAUAUUGA